GCGGGCACUUCCGCUUCGGGGAAGGGGCGGAGCCUGCGUGAACUGGAGGCCGCGGAGCGCCGGCUGGAGGCUGGAGCUUCUGGGCCCUGGAAAGGGGUCCCCGCGCAUCCCGAGUUGGAGGCAGACCCCUGGGUUUGAGGGGAAUGGGCAUUUGGGGGCGCCUGAACCCAAGACCUCUGGAUGAGCUGCCCUGUCCAGAUCAUGGAUCCUGAGGUGACCCUGCUGCUUCAGUGCCCUGGUGGGGGCCUGCCCCGGGAGCAAGUACAGGCCGAGCUGAGCCCCGCCCACGACCGACGCCCACUGCCAGGUGGGGACGAGGCCAUCACUGCCAUCUGGGAGACCCGGCUAAAGGCCCAACCCUGGCUCUUCAACGCCCCCAAGUUCCGCCUGCACUCAGCCACCCUGGCGCCCAUUGGCUCUCGGGGGCCACAGCUGCUUCUGCGCCUGGGCCUUACUUCCUACCGAGACUUCCUGGGCACCAACUGGUCCAGCUCAGCUGCCUGGCUGCGACAGCAGGGGGCCACCAACUGGGGUGACACGCAGGCCUAUCUGGCGGACCCACUGGGGGUGGGCGCUGCACUAGCCACGGCCGAUGACUUCCUUGUCUUCCUGCGCCGCUCCCGGCAGGUGGCUGAGGCCCCUGGGCUGGUGGAUGUGCCUGGUGGGCACCCUGAGCCUCAGGCCCUGUGCCCUGGUGACAGCCCCCAGCACCAGGACCUCGCUGGGGAGCUGGUGGUACGUGAGCUCUUUUCCAGUGUCCUUCAGGAGAUCUGUGAUGAGGUGAACCUGCCGCUACUCACCCUGAGCCAGCCCCUGCUGUUGGGCAUCGCCCGAAACGAGACCAGUGCUGGCCGAGCCAGUGCCGAGUUCUAUGUUCAGUGCAGCCUGACUUCUGAGCAGGUGAGAAAGCACUACCUGAGUGGGGGACCCGAGGCCCACGAGUCUACAGGCAUCAUCUUUGUGGAGACACAGGUGCAGAGUGACAAACCAUCUUGCUUGGAGGCCAGAACGUGCGGAGAUUGCAGGAGACGGAGAUGUGGGCUGAACUCUGCCCCUCGGCCAAAGGCGCCAUCAUCCUCUACAACCGGGUUCAGGGAAGUCCCACCGGAGCAGCCCUAGGGUCCCCAGCCCUACUCCCACCGCUCUGAAGAUAAUAAAGGACUUUAUUCUUGGA